AUGAUACUGCAGAAAAGAAUAAAGUGCAUAACUUUGGUUAAACAACGAAAUUUAUAUGAUACUCGUUCAAAAAUAGAUUAUAGUAUACCAGUACGUGUUAGGUUUGCACCCAGUCCAUCAGGUUAUUUACACCUUGGAGGAUUAAGAACCGCAUUAUUUAAUUAUUUAUUAGCACGUAAAACUGGUGGAAAAUUUCUUUUAAGAAUAGAAGACACGGAUAGUGCACGAUUUGUUCCUGACGCUGUUGAUGACUUGGUCUCUGUUUUAUCAUGGGCAGGUUUAUCUUUUGAUGAAGGUCCAGGAAAAGACGAAUCUCUUGGCCCGUUCUAUCAAUCUGAACGAACGAAGAUAUACAAGGAUCAUGUGGACAAGUUGAUUAAUGAUGGAAACGCUUAUAGAUGUUUUUGUACUUCAGAAAGAUUACAACAAAUACGAAAUAUAGCUCAAAAGUCUGGAAAAGGUGUUGCUUAUGAUAGACAUUGUUUAUAUUUAAGUCAAAAAGAAAUUGAUCAAAAAGUAUCAGAAGGAAUUCCUUUUACAGUUCGCCUCAAGACUCCUGAGGGUGUCGUAACUGUAAAUGAUUUAGUCUACGGAAUUGUGGAAUUUAAUGAUAAACAUAUUGAUGAUACUAUUCUGUUAAAAAGCGAUGGAUAUCCAACGUAUCAUUUAGCUAAUGUAGUAGAUGAUUAUUUGAUGAGAAUAACUCAUGUAUUACGUGGAGAGGAAUGGUUAUCUUCUACACCAAAGCAUAUAAUACUUUAUAAAUUAUUUGGAUGGGAUUUACCAAAAUUUGCUCAUUUACCGUUAUUAUUAAAUCCUGAUAAAACCAAAUUAUCAAAAAGAUUAGGAGAUGUUAAAAUAAAAAAUUUUGCCGAAAAAGGUUAUUUACCUGAAACUCUUAUAAAUUUUGUUGCAUUAUUAGGAUGGAGUCCUGAUAAUUCAAAAAAAGUUAUUUUUUCAAUGAAAGAAUUAAUUUCUGAGUUUACAUUAGAAGAUAUUGGACGAUCUGGUUCUGUUGUUAUGAAUGAUAAGUUAGAUUGGUUAAAUAAACAACAUUUAUUACAUAAAACAGAAUCUAAAGACGGAUUAAAAGAAAUUGUAAAUUUAUUAAAAGCUUCUGUUAAAGAAACAUUUGGAGAAAGAUUAGAGGAUGAAUAUCUUUCAAAUGUUAUUAUGACAAUAAAAGAUCGAAUUAGGAAUAUUAAAGAAAUACCAAAAUUAUGUGAAUAUUUUUUUGUUAAUCCGAAUUAUUCCUCACAAGAAUCACGAUCACUGAGAAAGAUAAUUUCCAAUGAAAUUCUAAAAUCGACAUCUGAUCUGAUUUUAAAAAAAUUAAGCGAUCUUAAAGAUGAUGAGUCGGAAUUUCAAAUCGAUAAUAUUAAAUCAAUCAUACAAAAUAUUAUUCUUCAAACUGGUUAUAAACAACGGGAAGUUUUGAUGUCUUUAAGAUAUAUUAUAACCGGAAUUAAGGUUGGUGCUGGUGUAGCAGAAACAAUGAAAACGAUUGGAAAAGAAACUUGUUUAAAACGUAUUAAUAAAGUAUUAGAAUCACUUGAUGAUUAA